CCUGUGAUUUCUGGAAUUUCGAGAGUCGGAGCAUCCUGCUGCAAAAUCCAUUAAGAAAAUCGCAACCGAGUAUGAGAAUCUCUCGGGCUUUGUUAUUCCUCCAUUCAACUGCUCUUAGAACCCUAACAACGCUGUCACCUUCUCCUUUAUCCCAUUUGUUACACUCCUUCUCGGCUUGUCGAAGCACCUCCACAGCUCCCGGUGACACGCGCCUCUGUGACUGCCCGUGGUCCGCCAGUCAACUCCGCGGCGUCAAAGUUAACGCUAUCCAUCUGCGGGCUGGGAACGUCAUUGAAAAAACAGGACAUGUUUACCGGGUCGUAGAAGCAGAGCAUAAGCAGCAAGGAAGAGGAGGAGCCAUGAUGCAGGUGGAGCUUCGUGAUGUUGAUACUGGAAGUAAAGUUAGCUUACGUUUUGGCACUGAAGAGCCUGUUGAAAGAGUAUUUGUUGAGGAGAAAUCUUUCACAUGUUUAUAUACAGAACAUAAUACUGCCUUCCUGAUUGAGCCUGAUACGUUUGAGCAAUUGGAAGUAUCACUUGACAUAUUUGGCAAAGCUGCUGCAUACCUAAAAGAUGAAAUGAAAGUCACACUACAGUUGUACGAUGGACGACCUUUGUCUGGAUCAGUCCCAAAACAUGUGACAUUCAAAAUUAAAGAAACACAACCUCACAUGAAAGGGCUUACAGCAGUACCUCGGUAUAAAAAGGCAUUGCUGGACAACGGUGUCACUAUUCAAGUACCCCCUUAUCUUGAGAUUGGUGAAGAAAUAAUCAUUAAUACAGAAGAUGGCUCUUUUGUUAAGAGGGCUAACUAGUACUCAGCCACCCAUAUCGAGUCGUCCCUCAUUUUCUCCUGCAGUAAGCCUUACUAGCACUUGGCACCCAUAGUAAGCCAUCAAUGUGCCAAAACAUGGGAGCUUUGGUAAGUCGUAAGUUAUAAACCGAGCUUCAUGGUUUUACAUUUUGAAGCUUUUGAGAGUAUGAAAUGUUGGUUCAAGCAGAGACGAAGAGGCAAGAAUAAUCUAUGCAAGCUUUGAUGGAAGGGUCAGUGGUUUUGCAUUGCAUAAUGGUGAUACUAGAAGUCAUCGAAAUCUUUGAUUUUGUAUUUUCUUUUUGGUCAAUGUUCCCCAAAAGUCCCCAAGACUUUUAUUUGCAAAUUGGGUUCAGAGGAAUUGCAAGUUUCAAUGAUAAUUCUCUCAAAACAAAAAGAAGGGGGAAAAAGAACAAAUUCAUUAUGCUUGUAGGGAGGGCUUCUCUGCAGAAAGGAAUUUCAAUAAACUAAGCUCAUUACUACUUGGAGGGAUAACGGUAUAUAACCUUUCGAUAUUAAGGCUGUUUUCUAUAUAUAUAUAUUGGGUAAUGAGAUAGUGACUGAUACUCCAAGUUCAAUGACAUUUAAUUUUAGUGCA